AUGGUAACAGCUCAAAACCAUUACGGUGCACAAAGUAAAGAUGAAGGCCAUGCAGCUUAUGAGUUUGCGUACGGUGUCCAAGAUCCCCACACUCACGACCUACAUUCCCAAAAGGAACACAGGGAUGGAAAGCAUGUGGUGGGCGAAUACACUCUACAUGAAGCUGACGGCACCCAGCGUAUCGUGAAGUACGUGUCUGGCCCACACACUGGAUUUGAAGCCAUCGUGGAAAGGAAGGGUCAUGCUCAGCACCCUGCACACUACGGAAAACAUGGCCAAGGGGAAAAAGGAGGUGUAGGUGGUACCAGCUACGUAGGAAUCACCCACUGGAGCAAUCAGGGGGAAAGCCACGGUCAUUGA